AUGUCUGAAAGAAUUCGGGAGCUCGAAAAGCAGCUGCAGCACGAGCGACGCGAAAAGGAAGAAGCAAAGGCACGGGAGGAGAACGAGCGACGCGAAAAGGAGAAAGAGAAACUCAAAAACCAAAAGACGACUUUAACAGAGUACUUGCAUAAUUGUCACUUCGACAUUUACCAAAAACUCAGGCUCGCUGGCGCUUCGGAGAGCUCUACUGGCCUCGCAACCUCGGUCGACGGCAAAUACUAUCCCAAGUGGCUUCGCCCUUGGACAGACUUUAGUGCCUAUCAUCGACAGGAACACUUCAACGAUAUUAUCCGCGUCUGCGGUGAGGGUCGAGUUUUCCAUCAGAAGAGCACAACAGUUGACAUCGGGAUGAGCUUCGAUCUCCAAAAAGACUAUUCCGCAAGCAUGGCCAUCCCCGACGGGGCAGACCAGUCAAGUGUAACGCCUCGUCUAUACGAGCGCCCAACAAAAGCCCGCCUACUCGUAGACUGCUACGACAGCGAUGGUAGCGACUGCAACGAUAGCAGUGACAGCGGCAUCGACACCAACGGCCGACAGAACGAUAACCCAAACCCGAGGCCAGUCUCAUGA